UUCCCCUUGGGUGCCCGGUAACCGACUAACAAUUCACACUAAAGAAGAAAUUCUACGGCUGUGAUUCUGCACAAUUAAAGUGAAACAUGACUGGAGUUAAUUCUAAAGUUUUGGAGUUUUGCCAAUUUAUGGGAAGGCUGAAGCAUCUUCCAAGAACAGGCUGGGUGAUACGGGACAUCCCUAAUUGCGAGACCGUGGCCGCUCACAUGUACCGAAUGGCUAUGCUUACUUUCCUUCUGGAAUCCAAAGAUGUAGACAUUCAAAGAUGCCUUAAAAUGUGCCUUGUACAUGAUAUGGCAGAAAGUAUUGUUGGUGAUUUAACCCCACAUUGUGGUGUCUCCGUUGAAGAUAAACAUCGUCAGGAAGAAGAAGCCAUGGAAACCUUGGUCAAGUUGGUGCCGGAACUAUCUGGGGAAGAUAUGAAGAGUCUCUUCAUGGAGUAUGAAAAUCAGGUGACGAAUGAAGCUAUUUUAGUUAAAGAUCUCGACCGUUUCGACAUGAUUUGUCAAGCGUAUGAAUAUGAAGAAGGUCGCAACAAGCCACGGGAGCUCCAGGAAUUCUUUGACGCUACUGAAGGUCGUUUUAAGCAUCCUGAGGUAAAACGUUGGGUAGAUGAACUAUUGCAAAAGCGAGCCUAUUUCUUGUCUUGCACGGUCAACGGCGAAGACGUGAAGUCGCACAACUCUUGAAAAUAGGAGCCAAAGCAUUUCUAAAACCAAAGUAAUAGCUCCAAUUUUGUUUUUUUCAGUGUGUUAUCUAGCUUGGAUAGAAUCUUUUAAUCAAGUGUUCAGUUGGUGGUAAAUAAUCAUCAAACUUUCUUUGCCCUCGUUUAAACAAUGUCAUUGACUUUUGAAGUAAAAAGUGUAUUGCAUUUUUCUUUGUCUUGGUCAGUUUGGAAUCAAGAAAAUUGAAAUAAAUUUCGUUUUUAAAAAGGUGA